UUUUUUUUUUAAUAGAAAAACGUAAACAGAAAUCAUCCAACGAUGCAAAGUUGUCAUCAUUUGGGACAUUCAAAAGGGUUUCCAAAGGUCGUUUUCAUUAUGCACUCGACAAGUGUUCGUUUCAACGUACUUGUUACAACUAGUUUGACUUAUCUUAUCGUUCUCCAUGCGUUCUGUAUUCUUUAUAGUUGGUUGAAACGUCUGGAAGCCAAUCCACAAGCCACUGUUUCCUUUGGGAGCUUGGUUUCGUUGAAAAAGUUGCCUAACCAACUCGGUGAAAGUGCGGUGGUUACUUUUCAACUCGACGCAGAUUUACAAAGCAUGUGGAAUCUAAACGUCAAAUACAUUUAUCUCUAUUUGGUUGCUGAAUACUCUUCUCCUCGCUUCCGUAGAAAUCAAGCGACUGUUUGGGAUCGUUAUGUGGAACGAGGAUCAAGUUCAUUUUCAGCCUUUCCUUUCUACAAUUCGUUGGGUUUACACAACUUUGUAGAUACAUUGAGAAACGCAAGUAUGAUAUUUCGUCUUGAAGCAGAUAUCAUUCCAUUCGUUGGUUUUGUGUUCCAUACAACUCUUGCAGAAACUAUGGAGAUCCAAUUUCCUUUAGAGUAUACUUUGUAAGAUGAAAGCAAUCAAAUCAAUAAAUUCGUUAUCAAAUGAUUGAUUGAUGGAGUGGAAGGAUAUCAUCGGCAACCUACAAAAGUUGUUCUUUCAUCCGCAGUUUGAGUUGGAACUAU